CUACUCGAGGCUGAUUGGCUGAAGCUUAAAACGCUCCUCGCGUCAGCCUGUAGCGCUGUCUCGUGGGUCAGACAGGAGCGCUCGCGGUCCGAAGCUGGUUGCCUCGUUUUGUUUUAUGGUUUCUUUAUGGAGCCUUUAAAUUUUUGGGUUGACCUCCUCGUUGGGCUUUUCGUGUCGGAACUCUGCGUUCAGUCAUCUUUAGUUUUCCCGCCGCCACCGCCUCAUGCUUUCUUCCAGAGAGCUCCGCGUCCGUGGAGCCACGGCCUCACGCACAGCGCGCACCAGCAGCAAAAAGAGCGGGAGCACGUGAACACCGUUGGUGUGAUCUGUCACCCGGACUCUCUGGAGGUCGUGAUCAAGGCAGACAUGUUUGCUAUUGGAGCUCCUGUUAACAGCGGCGACCUCCGCCUUGGAGUGGAGGACAGCGUUGACUGCAGGGCCGCAGCGGCCUCGGAGGAUGAGUACAGGAUCCACGCUGGCCUCUCAGACUGCGGCACCAAACACUGGAUGACUGAAGACUCUCUGGUCUACACAAACCUCCUCAUUUACGCUCCCGUGGCCUCUCCUCAUGGCGUAAUCCGAAUGGAGGAGGCUGUGGUUCCAAUUGAGUGCCAUUAUGAAAGGAAGUACAGUUUGUCCAGCUCUCCACUCCAGCCAGCCUGGAUCCCCUUUACAUCUAGGCAGACCGCAGAGGAAAGCUUGAAGUUUGACCUGAAGCUGAUGACAGACGACUGGCAGCACGAGCGCGGGGUUAACGUGUUUUACCUCGGCGAGCCCAUCAGCAUCGAGGCCUCAGUCAGAGUUGGACAUCACGCGGGACUCCGGGUGUUCAUGAGCAGCUGUGUGGCCACUCUUCACCCAGACGUGAACACUCAACCCAGAUACAGCUUUAUUGAAAAUGGGUGCUUGGUUGACUCAUGGCUUCCAGGGUCGAGGGCCUUCUUCCUACCCAGGGCACAAGAUGAAAAGCUCCACUUGGUGAUCGAUGCCUUUAGGUUCCACAAUGCCGACAAAGGGGAGGUCUACAUCACAUGCUAUCUGACUGCUGUCCCAGUGAAUGAUGCAGAAUCCCCAAAUAAGGCAUGCACCUUCAUAAAUGAAAGAUGGCGGUCAGCUGAUGGGAACGACUACCUCUGUGGGCAGUGUCAAAGCCAGAAUGAAGUCGUCCAGCCCCGCAGUAAGCCCAUGAGCCAAGGCAGAUUUGGUCCCCGUGGGUUUGGGAAACCGGUGGAACUUGAACCGCUGAGGAAAAGUGAACUGAGGACUAAUCAGGUGUGGGAACAUGAAGCUAAACUGGGACCAGUGAAGGUCUUGCACUCACAGAAGAGCAGGCCUCUACCUGUGGAGAAACUGCCUGUGGGUCUCAAAAAAAUUGGCAGCCCUGCUAUGUAUGGCAGCCAGUGGAGAAGUGGAACACACAAACUUGAUCUGGAGAAAGGACUGCUUCCUGACUUGUCUACACCAGACCUGGAUGAGACUGAUGGCAAAAGUGAAACAGCUGGAAAAGGUGGGGAAGAAGAUGCUCCAGAGUUUAAAGUGAGCCUUGAAGAAUCCUCUCUGGACAACAGCACCACAGCAGCUCCCCAUGUCAACACCACCUCAGAGUUUGAAGUGGAGGAGACCAUGUUGUCUAAUGCAACUGCUACGGAGUCUGACCCUAAGAAAUAAACUUAACUAUACUUUGUA